UAUAUCAAGUUUAUUGUUUAGAUAUUAACUGUUAUUGUUUACUGAGUUAAUCACUAAUAAAGUAUUCACUAAAGUAUUUUAAAGGGUAAAUUUUGAACAUGAUUUUCAUAAUGAGCCAAUAUUUACCAAGUGACUGCUGAGAAUUAAGGAGCACUGGUUGUUUGUUUUGCUCUUGCAUGGGACUAUUUGGGUUUGCUCACUCACGACUUCAAACAAGAUCAAACCUCGGACAUUAUGAACUCAUUAAAAGCAUACUGUUUUAAGACCAAAGAUCUUCGUUUUAAAUUCAAGUCAAUCUAUGAUAAUGAGCAGUCGUUAUCUAAUAUCGUCCAAGAAUAACCUAUUCAAAUAUCAUUACCAUUUCAUAAAUCAUGUCAACGACAUCUGAUAUAUUUUAUGAUAAAAUUGUUACAAGCAUUAUAAAACCACCAAGUGAAAGAACGACAGAUGAAAUUGAAGAAAUUUGUCCAUGGUUUGUUGAAAAAGUGAAAUUUUUUUCCAAUCUCAAUUCUGAUGUUGUCAAAGAUAUAAUUAAGAACUGUGAAUUCUCUGAACGUGAAACGGAUGAUAUAAUUAUACGUCAGUUUGAAGAAGGCGAUUGUUUUUAUAUCAUUCUAUCUGGUCAUGUAUCAAUUUAUGUGAAUACUGAACUUGUACAUGAUGAUCAAGAAGUAGUUCACCAACAAGAGGAAUCUGGGCCUUCAGUCAAACAUUCUGUGGAGCGUAAAGCAACUAAUCGAGAAAAAUGUGGAAACUUAGUUGUCAGUUUUGGAACUGGUGCAAGUUUUGGAGAACUGGCUUUAAUCAACAAAGAUUGCAUAAGAAAUGCAACAGUAAUUGCUGAUUGCAAAACCCAUUUAGCUGUUAUUAAUCGUGCAACUUACAACCGUUCACUUAAAGAUAUACAUGAGGCUGAUUUCAAAAAACGUAUUGAAUUCAUUGAUAAAUGUCCACUUUUUAAUGGAUGGAUUCAAAGUUUGAAGAAACAAGCAGCAAUGUCACUAGCUCAAACAGAUUUUCCAUUUGAAGCAAACCUUGUUCGUCAAGAAGAACCAGUGAAUGGAUUAGUGUUUAUUAUUUCUGGUCAAGCUCAAGUCUCCGUAGAUAUUCUUAGGCAUCCCAAACAGUAUCCUGAUUUAAAACUUCCUGUAUAUUCUGUCACUUCGACAGAAAUAGAUGAUCACAAACUGAUCCAUACUGAAAAUUCAAACUACCCAGUACGACGUAUGGGAUACAUCGUUAAUGAAAAACGUUGUGCAUUGAAGAAGAUAGACUUAUGUAUCGUUGGUCCUGGUACCAUACUUGGUGAAUUUGAAUAUGGUUUUAAUCUAAAAACUUACAUGCAAACUGCUGUUUGUAUUGAACCUACAACAACUUAUAUAUUAGGUGGAAGAAAUUUUGAACGUCUUAUACAAAGUCGUCGUAAUCCAGAUGGUUUAAAACAGAUACGAGAAAUAGCUGAACGUAACAUUUUAUAUCGUAUCAAUCGACCAAUAGAUUCAAAAAUUCCUCUUUUUCGCUAUUUAGUAAAACAAAUUUAUGAAACAAAUUUACAGUUAGAAGAAGAACAACGUGAAAAAGCAUUGGCUAAUCGGAAUAAAAUUAAAUCAGAAAGAACUAAAGGUCUUCUUGAACAGACAUCAAGAAAUCAAAGAAAACAACAGCAACAAGGGCGAAUGAAAGGAAACAAUAUACCUCAAUUACAACAAAACGAGACAGAAAUUCGAACAAGACGACAGCGAAUUCACAAACUAAAGAACAAUAUAUUGACAUUAAGAACAAAGAGAUAUUCAGCUGAUCAAUAUCAGAAAAGAAAUACUGAAAGUAGUUCGGCUAACAAACGUUUUAAUUCAGCUUAUUCUGGAUUUGAUACAGUUUCUGGAAAUAAUAAUAGUGAUUUCAAAGAACCAACUACUAAUAGAUCGAAUAAUACCGAACUAAAUGAAAGAUUACCAAGUUUCUCCUUGUAUGAUUGGGAAACAAGUUCUGAAAAUAUAGGUCUGAUCGAAAGUAAAUUAAGACAUUGGCAUUAUGAAGUAGAUAUGCUAUGUGAUGGAGAAACAUCAGUUGGGAAUAGAAUAAGUCCACUGAAGAGCUGUGAACAAAUAAAUCCAAUUAAACAACUUCUACCAGGCAAACAAAUCAUUAUUAGAACAAUCGACCAUGACAACACAAUCGAUGCAUCAGGACAUUUAGAAACAAAUCAACUUCAAGCAGAUAACACCAUACAUGACGGAUGCAAAUCUGUUCGUUUUGAAAGUGGUAAACGCAAAAUUGAUCCAAGUGAAGUGUCCAUAAAUCAAAAAGAUGAUUUAAUGAGUUCAAAUCUGGAACAAGUUAAAAUACCAACUUUGAACGUUGUCAAUACUACUGAUAAUCAGUUAGUAGUAGAUGAAGCAGCAGAAGAAUGUGAGAUUAAAAAAGAGGGAGAUAAAAGUGAAGCUUUUGAAAAUGCACAUGAAAAGAAUCGAAAUCUUACAAAUAAAGUCAAAUUAAUUCUUAAUGGAAUCCGCCCAGUUUCAUCAACUUAUGGUUACAUAUCAACUAUUAGAUCAUCUGUACCAACAAGAAACAUUGAAUCAGCUAGAAGUGAGUAAUACAUCGUUUCUAAACUCUUUAUAUCUCAGUUUAUACAUCAGUCAGUCGGUUAUAAACAAUGUAGAAUUGAAACAAAUGUGUACCAGUCCACUUUAGCAUACACCAUAUUUUCACCCCAAAUGUAAUAAAAUUUGUUACUAACGUCUACAUAAAGGCAAUCCGGUCAUGAUAGACAUGUGGCAACAAAGACUGAUUCAUCGCAGUCUUAAAUAUCAAAAACGGGGAACUAUGAACCCUCACUCAUACUUCUAUACCCAUUGAACAAGUUACUGAGUCUCCAAAUAAAGCAACUUAUUAGGCAACAGGUAGUUGUCUAGAUUAAAAAAGGCAUUGGGUUCGAGUCUCAGUAUGAAAAUCAACACUGGGGUACAGGCACAUCCGACUUAUGAUUCUUGAGUAGGACAAUAUGUGUAUUCUUGAUUCCACCGCUAAUCAAAUUACAAAUAUCCUAAAUAGAAAAUUAACAUGAUAAGACGCAAAACAGUGUCAAAACACACACAAAUAUGGUUUUAAGGAAAUAAACAAAAGUAGAGGACGACCUUAAGACUUUAAGUUAUAAAUAGGCAUUGAGAACAAUAUCUUGAUUUCAAUAAUCUUCAAUGGUUCAUGAUCAAAUGAUAGCAGUAAGUACGACCUUAAAGAGAACAAAAACAACUGUAUUUGUAGAAUACAAUGAAUUCAUUGUAUUUCGUUGCUUUCUUCCCAGUUACAUAUAAUUUUGUGAGUUUAUUUAGCUUAAGUUAUUAUCGUAUGUGAAAACUGAACAAUUAAUCAUUUUUCAGGAAAUGGUAUAUUUUUCUGAAGGUAAACAUUGAAAUGAGGUUUCAAUUGUUCCAAAUGAAUUUUAUGCGUAAUUGGAGUUAUAGUUCUAGAAUGUUGGAAAUAACUUUAUGAGAUCAUAUAACCGAGUAAGUAAAAAUAUACGGACAUAAUACGGAAGAAGAAGGUAUAGUUUGGACUUAGUUGUAACCAUUAUUAAACAAAAGAAAAAAUCUAGUGUGUGUGGUAUGUUCAUGUACAUUAUCAAAUUAGCUGAAGGCAAACUACUACCUCGACGUUCCCCAAAGUCUUCAAUCACAGAUCGUGACUAUAUAAACUAAACUAGAAUAUCUGAACCUAAUGAAGUAAAUCAGUCCAUCAGUCAUUGACUCAACCGGUAUUGUUGUAGUAAAGAGUUAAUGUGCCUAGUUGGUAUAGCUUUUCAUGAAAGAUAUAGCUACGAGAUUUCUUGGUCCGCGGAGCAAUAUGCCGCUCUCAUGUCAAAGAAAAUAGUUACAGACAAAUACCAGUAUAUCUGUCUAUGCUCAAGAACCAAUCAGUUAGUACAAAUUUAAUCUACAAACAUAACUACAGGCCGCAAAUCUAGUUGACUUAUGACCACCAUACAACCGUCCGAUGAUUAUGAAACCUUAGGAUUAUCACGAGAGAAAUUUAGUCUUUUCCCCUAACCUAGAACAAUGAGCGAUUGCGACCUGUUUGAUGGAAUGUAACUAGCUUACACAUUUUACUUGAUAUAUCGGCCAGUCUUAGUGGCAAUGCUAACUCACCUUCUUCAGCGACUACUGGAGUUAGCCUCUCAGCUACGUCUGCUCCAUGUUCGUCCAACUUAUUUAUAAUCCUGUAAUGUGACAGGGAAUCACGUUUCUGUCUUCUUCGGAAAUAAUCUCACGAGCAGUUGACCUUUUAAUAGUUAUAUUUUGAUGGGUCUAAAAUGGUGUCUUUUGUUACCUUCUACGAUUACAUUUUCCACUUCUUGUCUUUGAUUCUCUAUCACUACUUGUGAUGACCGCAUAAACUUCUUUCAGUGAGCAAUUAAGUUAUCUUUGAUCCUCAUUGUAAUUGGUAGUUUCCAGAACGAGUCUUUCGAAAGACUGAGAUGAAUUAUGAUUAUUAAUUUUAAUACAGAAAUAUACUUGAAACUACUAGUCAGACAGUAUGUUUUUUGAUAAAGUCAUAUUCUGACAAGUACUUUUACUUUCACAAUUUGGCUUACUCGAAAUAUUAUAGAACAUAUGUUAUGUGCACUGAUGAACUAGUAAAAACAUUGUUAACAAAACUCCUCUGGGCACAAAAUCGUGUCUCUGCAAAUGACUGGUUUUGCAACGAAUUUUCCCACGUCCUAUUUGAAAGUUGUGACGUGUGAAGUCAGUCAAAUAAGAUAUGUAGCUGUUACGCGUUAGUGACAGUGGAUCAGAAUUAUACCAUUUAGAGCAUUGGUUGAGUCAACAAAACAUAAACUACGAAACCUGACUGAAUGGAUUAAUCGUACCAUGUUGCGAGCUAUGAAUCUCUUAUAUUCGAUUUAUUGUGGAGACGUGAGAAUAGUGAGGCUAGAAGAAAAAUAAUAAUCGAGCACUCACUUAUUUCAGUGUUUCUGCAGAUAAUAUUACUUUUACAAUAAAUCUGUUUUUAGGAAUAGAUUAUGAAAACACUCUUUAAGCUUGUGUCCUCAGAUAAUAAAUUUCCAGGUGACAGGUAGGUAAAUCUUCUUUUAAUUUAUAAUAUUUUCUGAAGUUCCUUAAUGAAUGGAUUCAAUCCAACCACCAGCUUAGAAACAUUUAAUCACCUUAAAAGUAGCCGUGAUAAUACAAUUUCGGAUGUGACCAAAAGAAAGUUGAUAGCUUGAUUUUUAUACCAAAUGCCUGUUUUUGAAUAGAUGAAGUAAAGGACUUCAAGCUUCAUGUAAAAUAUUUCACACGAAAGAAAGUAUAUACUGUUUUGGAAUUGGUUCAUUCACUAGUCCCCUUUCAGUAAUAUCUCCUUAUGAUUUAAUAAAUAUUAUCAGCAACCUCUUAAAUUAGAUUAAUAAAAGAAUUAUCAGAAAGGAGGUUUUCAGAGAUCGUAGUAGUUUUAAUAGUUGAAUUCAUGAGUCUAUGUAAGCGAGACCGAAGGUCCUGUGUUCGAGUCCCACAUGCGAAAUCGUCGGUGCGCAUUGCUCAAGAGUCUCAUACUAGAAUGAAACAGCCGUCCAGUGCUUCCAGGUUUUCAAUGGUAGUCUAGCUUACAUCAACUUAUGAAUUCAACUAUAAUGAAAAAAAAUUGACUGAAAAUUCGUUGCGAGUUAAAAUUCACCAAACAUCACAGUAAUAUCAUAAAUUGAUGUCUGACAAAAAUUUUCAUCAUGAUGCAUUGUUUUUUCUCAUAAUCAAUAAAGUUAGUAAGACGUAAUUUAUGAAUAUGUAAAUGUUUUCAAAUUGACAGCGGAUGAAAUUAAAGAAAGUGAAUUGCGUAAAAGUGCAUUGCCUAGUUCACGUUCAAGUCCAAAGCAUACCCCAAACAGUUAUACAUUGGUUAGAGAAUAUCGGGAAUUGCGUGAUCGAUUGCGUAAAGAGGAGAAUGAAAUGCGUCGUUUUCGUGUAUCACUUCUUCUUUAACAAGAUUAAUUAGUCAGGAAUUAAAACUUUUUAUCUGUUUCAUAGUACAUGAAAAAAACAUAUGGAAUACACAUAACCAUUUAAAUCGAAGUUUCAUUUCCUUUAGUUAUGCAGUAUAGUUACUGGGAUAAUUACAUUUAAAUGAAUUGUCCUGAUUUUUUCCUAUAUUCACUUGUAUAUCUGAUGCAAGAUCCUGUGUGAUUACAUGACCUUGUUUGUUGAACACUCUCUAUUUCAAAUUCAGAAAUCGGUCUCUUUAUAGAGACUUAAAAAAGUAAAGCCUAAACCCAUAUUUGGUAACUUUUCUAUAAGAAAGCAAACCUCCACGUCAAUAAUAUUAAAUAAGACGCAUGCUUCCUUUUGACUCAUAUUAAGUAGUAGAGAAUUUUCUACAAAAUUCACUUCAUUUCCUAGAGAUCUGAGGUAUAUUAUACAUUAAGUCAUGCUUGAAUACAACCAUCGUAAGAUUCUGCUUGCUAAUGCACAAUAAUUAUAGUGGG